CAAAUUGCAAAUGGCGGCAGUCUAUUGCUCCUGGACACAAUGAAGCUUGUGGACAGUACUAUUCGUAGCUUUCGAGUUGCAAAAGUAUUUCGAGAAAAUAGUGACCGAAUCAAUCACAUAAACUUCUCGCCAAAUGGCGAGACUCUGAUCACUAGCAGUGAUGAUGAUUCCAUAGUUAUUUAUGACUGCCUUGAGGGAAAGCCGAAAAGAACCCUUUACAGCAAGAAGUAUGGUGUGGCACAAAUCCAGUACACACAUGCAACAAACACAGUGAUUCACACUUCGACCAAGAUUGAUGACACUAUCCGUUAUCUUUCUCUACAUGACAAUAAAUAUCUCAGAUACUUUACAGGACACACAAAGAGAGUUAUGACCCUACACAUGUCUCCUAUGGAUGAUACUUUUGUAUCAGGAUCAUUGGAUAGGACACUCAGGUUGUGGGAUCUGAGAUCCCCUAAUUGUCAGGGGUUGAUGCAUGUGAAUGGGAGACCUGUGGCAGCUUUUGAUCCAGAGGGUCUGAUUUUUGCAGCUGGAGUGGACUCUGAAAUGGUUAAACUGUAUGAUCUGAGGUCUUUUGACAAGGGUCCAUUUUCUACUUUCCACAUUCAAAAUGACCCAAGCAUUGAGUGGACAGGAGUUAAGUUUAGUUCUGAUGGGAAAAUGAUCUUAUUGGCUACAAAUGGAGGAGUUAUUCAUUUGAUUGAUGCUUUCCAAGGAACACAGUUACAUACGUUCACUGGUCAUACUGUUACAAGGUCUACUCCAGUUGAAGUUUGCUUCACUCCUGAUGCACAAUAUGUCAUCUCAGGUUCUCAAGAUGGACGUGUUCAUGUCUGGGGGUCAGACAGUGGACAAAAGCUGACUGUGUUAGAGGGUAAUCACCCUGGUCCUAUCCAGUGUGUUGCGUUCAAUCCCAAGUACAUGAUGUUGGCCAGUGCUUGUACCAACAUGGCAUUCUGGUUACCUAAUUUAGAGGAGGUGGAUGAGGCAAGCAAAAGAUCAUUACCAAGCUAACAUGAAACUGUUUGUUGAACAGAUGUAGUUACCACUGAACCCUAUGAACUGAGUAUAAACAGUGUCACCAUGAGGUGUUGGCUACAUUGCUGUGGUUGAUUUAGGAAAAGAAACAGUAUAAAUGUUGUAUAUAGCAUAUCUAGUGGCAUCCUUAGUUUUUUUGUUUGUUUGUUUUCUAAUACCGAAAUGAAAUAAAACCAUGAAAAUUUG